CGAUUUUGACGGAAAACUGUGUGCAAGCUACGCGGUGGUAGAAUUGUUGUUCCAAACUACUAAAUUUUCUCAUUUUUUUCUGAAAUUUCGUUGAUUUGGAGUACAGAAAAACUAAUUUAGGUUUCCUGCGACAUGGGGCGAAAGCGGGACAGUGAAGGAUCUGGCUCCGAUUCCGACUCGAGUCGUGGCAGCCGAAGCCGUAGCGGCACACCACAGGUCGCUCCCACUCCGGGCUACUCUCUGGACCACCACGAUUCCAGAUCCAACUCGCCGCAGGCCAAUCGUUCCCGGUCCGGAACGCCACAGAAUCGCAGUCGAUCCAACUCGGCCGGCUCAAAUCGGUCCCGUUCGGGAUCCCGGCAGUCCGGUAAAUCGCGUUCCGCUUCACGCUCACAAUCGCCGGCAGGAUCGCAACGGUCCCGGUCCGGUUCGGCCAGAUCGCGUUCGGGAUCGAAAAGCCCCGCCGGAUCGCAGCGCUCCGGAAGAUCUCGUUCCCGUUCGCAGGCAUCGGCCGGCAGUGCCAAGUCCCGGUCUCGCAGUGGCACUCCUGCAAACCGGUCCAGAAGCGGUACGCCAGUGAAUAGAUCGCGCAGCGGAAGCCCUGCUCGGUCUCGGAGUGGAUCGCGAUCGAGGUCGGCUUCUCCGGCAAAAUCCCAAUCGAGUCGUAGAUCCCGUUCCCGAUCACGCAAAUCUGGCUCUCGCUCGCCGUCACAAGCCAAGUCCCAGAGAUCCAAAUCCGGAUCCCGUUCCCCGUCGAAAAGUGGCCGAAGUCGUUCCGGUUCCGCCGACUCAGAUGUGGGAGAAAAACGCAAACGAGCCGUGAUUUCCAGCGAUUCUGGUUCCGAAGGAGAGAAGGUACAGACAAAAAAGAAAAACAAGCUUAUCGAUUCCGACUCCGAUGAGGCAUCUGAUCGAGGUGGUGGUGAGCCGGAGAAGGCAAAGGAUAGCGUGACCGCCGAUGCUCUUUUCGGUGACGCCGAUGACAUCAGUUCGGAUGAAGCUUCCGAACGGGAACGGGAUGAGCUAGACGAUUUGGAAGAUGACCAGAAGAAGGAAAGCGAUCGGGAGCGGUCACGGAGUCGGAGCAGAUCACGAUCGAGAUCCAGAUCCAGAUCGCGAAGUCGAGGCAGUGAUCGGCGAUCCUCCGAUGAGGAAAGAGGUGAAGGAUUGGCAAGAUUUGACGAGCCAAAAGAACCGGAACCAGAACCAGAGCCAAUCCCAGAGACCAGAAUCGAUGUUGAAAUUCCAAGAAUUGUCACAGAUCUUGGUCGAGACUUGCAUUUCGUAAAGCUUCCCAAUUUCCUUUCCGUGGAAACUCGUCCAUUCGAUGUGGAGACUUACGAAGAUGAAAUUGACGAAGAGGAAACCUUGGAUGAGGAAGGUCGACAACGUUUGAAGCUGAAGGUAGGAAACACAAUCCGUUGGCGGAACAAUAUCGACGAUGAAGGAAAUGGAAUUCGGGAAACUAAUGCCCGCUUGGUUCGGUGGUCCGACGGAAGUAUGAGUCUGCAUCUAGGGUCUGAAAUUUUCGACGUCUACAAGCAGCCACUGCAAGGUGACCACAAUCAUCUCUUCAUUCGCCAGGGUACUGGUCUGCAAGGUCAGUCAGUGUUCCGGACCAAGCUCACCUUCCGACCACAUUCGACGGAAUCGUUCACUCACAAGAAGAUGACCAUGUCGCUCGCCGAUCGGUCGACCAAAACGUCCGGAAUCAAAAUCCUCACCCAGGUCGGGUUCGAUCCGGAUGCAAAUCGGAAAGAAAACAUCCGUAAGGAAGAGGAAAAACUCCGAAUGGCCAUGCGAGCGAAACCCACUGGAACGAGCAAAUCAAGCAGCCGGAAGCGGGAUUCCGGUGCCAAUGCAAACAGCUCAUAUCAACACGAUGAAGGUUCGGAUGACGAGGGUGGCAUUUCAAUCGCUGCCAUCAAGAACAAAUACAAGGAUGACCGCUCGAAACCGAAACAGGGAGCCGCGAUCUAUUCGUCGGACGAAGAUGGCUCCGACCUGGACAUGGGUCGCAAGAAAAAGAACGUUGACAAGAAGAAGGUGCUUAAGGCGCUGGGAGAUUCCGAUGACAGCGACGAAGGUUCAGCCCAUUCUGGUUCCGGAUCCGGUUCGGGCUCUGGUUCUGAUCGUGGAUCUGGCUCCGGUUCUGGUUCAGAGGCCGGAUCAGGCAGCGAGAAAAGUGGAGGAGAAAAAUCUGGUGGAGGUGGCGGUGAUGAAAGUGACGAGUAAUUCAAAAGAAAUUACAUCUUUGUAUCAAUUCUAAUACGCUAAGAAUUCAAUAAAGCUAGAUCUUAUUCAUCCACAAAACUA